GUGCACAGUUGACUGUCAUGGCUGCCUCCAUCGCAAACAUGCCUUUCAUUCGCUAACAAUUGAUCCGUUUCUGUUUCUCAAAUUAGUACGGAAACUUACUAUAACCUAGAAUAGUUGAUAGACAUUAACCUAACUCUUAACUAAGAUUAACGAACAUAAUAUCAUAUUUAAAUAGCUUUCUAUUAUCUUUAACCUAGCUGGCUUUUCCUAAUGUUUUCAAAUCAAAAAUAUGUUUGCUAUUACUGAGACGUUACACCAUACUUCUUUAGAACCUUGCCUAACUAAUGGCCAAGUUAAGUCCUCCACUCUUUUUUGUAUUUAGAUUUAGUGCUGGCUGGUUAUAUAGUUGAUAACAAUUUAAUGUUCUGAGAAAAUGUCACUGGUCUCCCUACGCCAGUGGUCACGACAAUGGUGUCGAAUUAGGAGUUGUGGAUAUGCAGCAACCAGCAGUGCCCCCACAACACGCGAAGAGAAGAAUGAUAGCCCGAUGUUUCAGUACGUUGGAAAGCACCGAAAGGCAAACCACAAAGUCUAUGUGUGGGGUUUCAGCUACACUGGUGCUCUUGGUAUCCCCAGCUUUGUGGUUCCUGACACUGGCAGGAAAAAGCCUCGAAAAUAUCAGCUCACACCUUAUCGUCUUGAGACAGAGCAUCAGAUAACCUCUGCAGCCUGUGGGUACGGGUUCACAGUACUCUCCUCCAACACCAAGGACCUUGCCAAAGUGUGGGGCAUGGGCCUCAACAAAGACUCUCAGCUGGGCUUCCAACGCACACAACAUGAUCGCUGUAAAAGCUAUGACUAUGUGCUGGAGCCCUCCCCAGUGGCGCUGCCUCUUGACAAGCCUCAGAAGACCAGGGUGGUUCAGGUGGCCUGCGGACGUGCCCACUCACUGAUCCUGACAGACUCAGAGGGAGUGUUCACUCUGGGGAACAAUGCCUAUGGACAAUGUGGGAGGAAGAUAGUGGAAGAUGAAAUCUACAGUUGCAGUCAUGUCAUUCAUAAGAUGUUGGGGUUUGACAGCACUGUAACCCAGGUUGCGUGUGGGCAGGACCACAGUCUGUUCCUUACUGAGACAGGCAAGGUGUAUGCCUGUGGUUGGGGGGCAGAUGGACAGACAGGUCUGGGCCACCUAGACAUGUCUGCCACAGCCCUACCUGUAAGAGGGGAUCUGGCAGGGGUGAAGGUGACCCAGGUGACAACCUAUGGAGACUGCAGCCUGGCCGUGUCUGCAGAGGGACAGCUCUAUGGCUGGGGAAACUCAGAGUACCUCCAGCUGGCGUGUGUAACUGAGGCAACCCAGAUCAGCUCUCCUCGACUCUUGCCUCUCAAAGGGGUGGGCAAGGUGACUCAGGCAGCAUGUGGAGGCACACAAGUGGCCAUACUAAAUGAGCGAGGUGAAGUGUUUGUGUGGGGCUAUGGAAUUCUUGGAAAAGGCCCCAAUCUGUCUGAAUCCCAGACCCCUGAGCUGGUCCCUCCUACACUGUUUGGACGCUCAGAAUUUAACCCCACAGUGACUCUCUCAAGCAUCCGUUGUGGACUGAACCACUUUGCUGCUGUGACAGACCAAGGGGAACUCUUUGUGUGGGGCAAAAAUGUGAGAGGAUGCCUGGGUAUUGGAAAACACGACGACCAGUACUUCCCAUGGCGGGUAACCGUGCCAGGUCAUGUGGUGGAUGUGGUCUGCGGAGUUGACCACAUGGUGGCUCUAGUAAAGUCCCUUGUCUGAACCCCCUGCCCACACACGCACGCAAGCACACUGUGCAAGAUUGACUGUAUCCUCGGAUAUCAUGUUCCCGCACCGCUGUUGGGUGGUUCUGUAAAAAGUACUAUUGUUGUCAGUAAUUGUCAAUUGCAUACAUUUUUUAAUGACUAGUUGCCAAGUGCGUUCGCAACAAUUGUUUUUUGCUCAGUAGUUGUGUUAAAAUGGGUAGAAAACAUUCUCCCCACAUGUUCAUGCAAAGUCAUCCAUCACAGUUGCUUGACUUUACACAGCCUCAUGUUCCCUUACAAAGCCUAAAUCUAGCUCAUAUCUGUAUAAAAUAUGUUCCCCUCUUUGAAGCAGUUACCACCUUGUUACACCCUAAUCAAAAUGUUGUUACUGGCCUGCAAAGGGUGACCAGAGUUACCCUCACCUAACACAUUGAUGUGUUUAAACAGGGAAAAGCUUGUGACGUAUAGCCUUUCAGUGCAAGCCAACAGGAUCUGUGCACUCUACAAUGUUUACAUUAGUCAAAUAAUGAAGCUAACUGAUACCACUCCCCUUUUCUUCCUACUGUUCUCAGCUGUUUAUUUGAGACAAUUAUACUUGAAACGGGGAGUAAGUUGAUAGACCAGUUGGACUUCCUUCCUGUUUGACCAUCAAUCGUCUUUGGAUCACCAUACCCUUGUUCAUCCACAAAAUGGUCAACAACAUUGGAACUGAGAACUAGGUACCUUAGAUGGAAAAGGUACAGUCAGUGUUCAAGUAUAGAAUACAGGCUUUAUUUGUAAUACCAAUGUCAGACCACAUUGUUAUUGCACAGCAAGAAACCCUCUUCAACAAACGGGUCAAAUAAAAGGUUUUGUCUUGAUAGGACAGAUAAAAAGUAUACUGCACUUGAUAUUUCAUUGUAUUCAUUCUUCUGAGAAGUUGAGUGGUCAGCCUUGGGCAAUCUCAUUGACAGUUUUUAUUUGGAUUAAGUUAUAGAAAUGAUUCAAUUCCACAUUUUCCAACACUGGUUGAUUCUGAUGGGUACUGUUCAGUGUAUUUGGGUAACAAAAGGCAGUAACAGACAGUUACUGCAUUUUGCAUUGACUUAUCAACCACGUAAUCCACCUGUUUCUUCCUCUUAUAAAAAGCUGAUCAGUAAUAGGGGGUAUGGCAUCUUGUCACAAUUCCCAACAGUCCCAUAGUCCUUACUAAUUUACAUUUUAUCCAUCUCAGAAAUUACCAUUGAUGUAAGCAUCAAUUGUUCCACUGAUCCGUCAGUAAUUCAUAAAACUAGGGGAUAACAAUUGCCUUGAGGACUGCCAUUAAAAAAAGACAAUUGAAGAAAAGACAGUGGAAAUGAAAGGUGAAAUCGCUCUAAACAGACAAAAAAUCAGUGAGUAGUUUGUUUUAUUUCAAUCAGAAGAAAUUUCACCUUUUGUUUUUCUUUUAACACUGAUAAAUACAUGGUUUCUGCUAAUCCAAGCUAACAGAAGAAAAGCUUUUGCUUGGUGCGUAGACAGAAAGUCCUACCAAAUGCUUAAGACUGACACGUCUACCUUCCUCAGGAGGAUCCUUCUAGGGUUAAA